AUGACGGCCGGAAUCAGCAAAGGACUUUUCCUGACGGGCCCGCGCGAGUUCGAAGCGCAGGAACGAAUACUGCCACCACCAGCGGCGGACGAGGUGCAACUGGCCGUCCGAUCGACGACGCUGUGUGGAUCCGAUCUCCACUACUUUCAGAAAGGCUGCAAUGGUAGCAUCGAGGUGCGGGAGCCGUUGUGUCUCGGUCAUGAAGCCGCGGGCGAGGUCGUUGCAAUUGGCAGCAAUGUGACCAACCCUCGAGUGGGCGAUCGCGUGGCUGUUGAAUGUGGGAUUCCAUGCGAGGCUUGCGAUCUGUGUCUUUCCAAUCGUUACAAUCUCUGCGAGAAACUACGGUUUCGCGGCAGUGGCUCAGCAUGGCCCCAUUUUCAGGGUACGAUGCAGACCAGAAUCAAUCACCCGGCGAAAUGGGUACAUCUGCUUCCCCCGGAAGUGUCCUACGAUGAAGGCGCGUUGUUGGAACCGCUUGCGGUAGCUGUCCAUGCUUGUCGCCGUGCAGGCGUACAGCCAGGCUCAACGUGCACCAUCAUCGGCGCUGGGCCCAUUGGGCUGCUUUGUGCCAUCGCCGCGCGAAAUGCCGGCUGUGUGAAGAUUGCAAUUGCAGAUGUUGUAGCGGACCGAGUUGCGUUUGCCGUGGAGAAGACGUUUGCCGAUACAGGAUUCGUUGUCACCAGCAAACGAGCAGGGUCGCCGGAAGAGAGCCUCGCAAUGGCUCGCGAUACCGCAAAGUCCAUAGCGGGUUUGACACUCGUCAACGGCUCGACUCUUGGCCCGACUGACUACACGUUCGAGUGUACUGGUAUCGAAGUCUGCGCACAAAGCGCCAUCUUUGCAACGAAACGUGGCGGUAAAGUGGUGCUGGUCGGGAUGGGCACUCCAAACGUCAGCCUCCCCAUUUCAGAUGCCAGCGCGCGUGAGGUCGACAUCGUGCCGGUCUGGAGAUAUGCCAAUUGCUACGGCGAGGCUCUUCAGAUUGUUGAGGCGAGCAGGAAGGAUAGCUCCGGGCCACAAGUCGCGGAAAUGAUCACCCAUCGGUGCGAGGGCGUUGUCAACGUCGCCGAAGCUCUGGCACUGGCAGGCUGCCCUCGAGAUGAAGAUGGGAAAAUGGUGAUGAAGGUGGUGGUCAGCAAUAAGUCGUGA